GCGAGAUUACCAAACUGUCAAGAGUGGCGAUUAGGGCCGAUUCACUUCAAAGGUGUUGCCGAUCGGACGAAAUCAGCAGUGCUCUUUGUUUUUUAAGGCGAUUCUUUAAGGGAGGGGUAACAAUUAGCCUAGCAUUUGCGUGCAUCCUUUUUACUUUGCGUCACCUCGCUCAAAGGACACGCCACUUAUCUAUUGGCUAAAAAUUCCUUGAUCACUAUAUUUGCGCUUGAUAAGUUCGCAUAUUCCUCCUUGCGGGCUCGGAGUGAGCGGAUCUGAUUUUACUAAAUUCCUUCUUACGAAGCAAAAGUUUGCUGCAGAUAUGAAGUGCUCCUUCGUGAGCGGCAUCCUCUUGCUCACGAUCGCAGUAGUGUUAACCAUUGAUCAGGUCCAAUCACAGAGAGUCUUGGUAUGCUACUAUAGCAGUUGGGCGUACUACCGCCCCAGUAAGGGUCAGUUUGGCGUGGACAAAAUUGACCCGAACCUCUGCACUCAUGUGGUCUACGCCUUUGUUGGAGCCAACAGCGAUGCCACUGUACGAGUCAUGGACCCAUGGCUGGAGCUCGAAGAGAAUUGGGGACUUGGUCUUUUCAGGCAGUUCAAUGAGUUGAAAUUGAAAAAUCCAAGUUUGAAAACUUUGGUGGCUAUCGGAGGGUGGAAUGAAGGCUCGGAGAUUUUCUCAAAUCUUGUUGGAGACUCAUCAAUGCGCGCCUCUUUUGUCAAUAACUUGUACAAUUUUGUGAAGAAUUACGGAUUUGAUGGACUCGACUUAGAUUGGGAGUAUCCGGCCCAACGCGGUGGAAGACCCGAGGAUAAGCAAAAUUUUGUUUAUUGGAUUCGUGAAUUGCGUAGCAAAUUUGCUCCCGAAGGUCUUCUUCUGACAGCAGCAGUGCACGCCGCAAUAUCUUCAGUUGGAACUUCAUACGACAUUCAAGAGUUGGCAAAUAAUUUGGACUACAUCAAUAUGAUGUCCUACGACUACCACGGCAGCUGGGAACAGAUAACAGGCAUAAAUUCUCCUCUGUACCCUUCUUUUGUUGACACUGACUACACUUUGAACAUUAACGCUAGCAUUCAAUACUGGUUGAAUAAUGGUUGCCCAUCAACCAAACUUCUGCUUGGGAUUCCUACUUUUGGGCGCACUUAUACCUUGAGUAACCCAAACAGCCCUGGUCUCGGCGCUCAAGCCUAUGGUCCUGGCCUCCCUGGCCCCUAUUCGCAAGAAUCUGGAUUCCUGGGUUAUAAUGAGAUUUGUGAGCUCCAGUGGCCUGGUUUGUGGAGCAUAAACUGGGCAGCGCAGCAGAAAGUUCCGUUCGCCUUCAAGGGUAGCCUGUGGGUUGGUUACGAGAACAUGGAUUCAGUCAAAAUAAAGGCUGAUUAUGUGAAACAAUACAACUUGGGAGGUGCCCUGGUGUGGGGUUUAGAAACCGACGAUUUCGACAAUGUGUGUCGUGAAGGAAAAAAUCCUUUGAUCACAACUAUUAAAAACAACAUAAAUUAAAUACUUUUUCUCUCCCAUUGACUUCAAAAGCUCCUGGCGCGAGUUUAUCUUUGAAUAAAAUACUUUAUUUCUAUUAGCAAAUUUCAUAUUUAA